GAGAAGACUCAGGCCGCUGUCCUAGGGACACUUCCUCGGGCUUCAGCGCCGUUGGCCGCCAUGCGACUUUCUCCCGAGUAAACGCACAGCUGCUGGCCGCCGCGCAUGCUCUGCUGGGCCUCCCCAAAGCUCGGGAAAGGCGAGGGAAGCCUGGCGCGGCGGGGCGGGGCGAGCUUCGCUGCGGGAGCGGGAGGAAGCCGACUGACUGGCCGGCGGGCCUGUGGCGCGAGAAAAAAGAGAUGACAAUAUAGACUAUGGCUAUUUUCCCCAAAAUCUUACUGAGGCCAGAGGUUGAAGAGUAUCUGAAGGCAACAUUUCAAAAUGAUGAGCUCAUAACUGCGUUGGGUCCAUUAGAAGCUGAACAGAAAUUUGAAUCUCUGUUAAAUAAUUUAUCUCAUCCACCAGUUUUCACAACUGUUCGAGUGAACACUCACUUGGCAUCUGUGGAACAUGUAAGAAACUUGCUUUCUGCAGAGAUCCACAAGCAAUAUGCAAGUCUUAGCGUUCCAGUUCUUCAGCAUCCACAGCUUCCUGACAUCUUACUUAUUCCUGUUAUUGGGCCCCGAAAAGAUCUACAAAAAGUGACAAAUCAAGUUAUUGUUGGUGCACAAUGUGGUAAUGCAGUGCUUCGAGGGGCACACGUCUAUGUACCUGGAAUUAUAUCUGCUUCAAAAUUCAUGAAAGCUGGUGAUGUGGUUUCAGUGUACUCUGAUAUUGAAGGAAAAUGUAAAAGAGGAGCCAAAGAAUUUCUGGGGACAAAAGUUUUUAUUGGAAAUGGGAUUUCUGAACUGAGCCGCAAUGACAUUUUUAAUUCAAAUAGCCCAUUGAAAGGGAUGGGAAUAAAAAUGACAGAGCCAAUUUACCUUAGUCCCUCAUUUGACAACAUGUUAUCCAGUUACCUAUUCUUACAGAAUUUGCCUUCUGCAGUUGUGAGCUAUGUUUUAAAUCCUCAGCCAGGACAAAGGAUUUUGGACAUGUGUGCUGCUCCUGGGGGUAAAACAACCCAUCUUGCAACAUUAAUGGGUGAUGAGGGAGAAGUGAUAGCCAUGGACAAGAUAGCAGACAAAGUGAAAAAGAUUCAACAAAAUGCUGCAUUACUGAAGCUGAAUUGUAUUAAAGCCUUUUGUUAUGAUGGUACUAAGGCACUUGCUGAUAGUGAGAGAGAGACUGGGCAAGAAGGACCUCCAUUCUUACCAGAAUCAUUUGAUCGAAUUCUUCUUGAUGCUCCCUGUAGCGGGAUGGGGCAGAGACCAAAUAUGGCUUAUUCCUGGUCUUUAAAGGAAGUUACUUCUUAUCAACCUUUGCAGCGUAAACUCUUUAGAGUGGCUGUCCAGCUGCUGAAGCCAGGAGGCAUCUUGGUAUACAGUACCUGUACAGUUACUCUUUCUGAAAAUGAAGAGCAAGUUGCUUGGGCACUGGAGACUUUCCCAUGCCUCCAGCUUCAGUUACAAGAGCCCCAUGUUGGAGGAGAAGGCAUGAUGGGAGCUGGGUUGUCACCUGAGCAGUUGAAACGGCUGCAGAGGUUUGAUCCAUCAGAGGCAUUUUUACAGGGAAUAGAUUUAAAUUCAUUGCAAGAUCUGAAAUAUGAAGAUUUGAUAAGAUUGGCAAAUAAGGACUGCAUAGGAUUUUUUAUUGCAAAAUUCAUAAAAGUGCAGUGAAAAUCAUUUUGGAACACAAUAUAAAAAUAUUCUUUCCUUUAACAUUUUGGAAUAUUCUGAACUGUACCUCAUGCUGCUGCAAUGUUGCCAAGCCAACGGACUGACGACACAGUUGCUAUAGCAGCCGUGAAAUCUGCCAGCUGUUUCCCUUGGGAGAGAUCUACAGGUUGGAGAAACAAGUCGGAGGGAAUGGGCAGUUGCAGUCUGGAAGGCUCUGUUUGGUUUUGUAUUAACAGUAGUUCACUGAUUCUAGAAAUGUGCUUUUUCCUUAGUUUGCCCAGAUGAUUGAAUUUCAAAAGACAUUUAUAAUCGUGUACAAUUAGAAGCCUGCUUUCAAAGUAUAUUAUACUUGACAAAAUAUCAGUAAUGAAAAUAUUGGUCAUAUUUUAUAAAGUCUUGCUUACUGAUUUCUCAGAGUGCUGUUUUGAAAAACAAUUCUAUAUUACUAAAUAUCAUCAUUCAACAGAAAGCAGUUUUAAGUGAGACAUCGUGCUGAUAUCUUAAUUGUUAUAUUGCUUAUAUUUCUUAGGAAAUGCAAAUCAGGGUGCUCCAAGAUCAACUGAGCUGUAUUCCAUGCUGGGUCAGAGCCAAAGUAAUAUUAGAAUUGAGGGAACAAGACCAAUGCUGCUGUCAUUUUCUGCAUUCUGUCCUAAAGGAGAUAGCAACUCAGAAUCUUAGUAUUCCCACUGCUUUUUAUAUUUCCCCUUUUUAAAGCCUGUACAAUCCUAGGCACCCUUUCAUUGCCCUAUUUUGUUUCGGGUUUAUAGGUUAGGGAAUUCCAUUGCAUUUCAAGAACUGAGAAACUGAUAAGUAACACCGGCACUGAUAUAAAAAAUGUAUGUUGAUGGAGAGAGUUAAGGUGGUGGGGCAGCUAGCACUCUCACACUCUCCUAUCCAUUUUGACCGGUUAGGGAAGAAUCAUAACUGGUGAGACAUGUAUGCUAAAAGCCAGGAAUCAUUAAGGCAAAUGCACAGGAUCAUGGCUAAAGUUGUAACUUAGAAUGUGGCAACUGGAAAAUGAGCUAUCUGUAAUAUCCUGUCAAGGACUGGUAAGAAUUUUGCCGCCGUAAUAACUGUAUGCAACAUCUAUGGCAAGGAACAGUCCUCUCAGUGUGAGAUUCUUUCGAUAAAAAAACAGGGAACAUUGAUUGCUUUCAUGUUCUCUCUGUGAGCCUUUCAUUUGUUUGGCUGAUGUUACAGGUAGAUGGCUGGACUAAUGCUGUUAGAGUAUUGUACUCUAAAUAAACUCAUUUGUAUAUCCAUCUAUGUUUGGCUGAUGUAAGGUGGCAUACAGAGACUAGGAACAGUUCUUAUACCUCCUUUAAAGAAGGCAGAGGAAGAAGGCCAACAAGAAGGAUUCUGAAACAGUCAAGGCAGAAAAUAACUUUGAAGUAAAGAGCUUGUGUGACUUA